AUGCACACCUCCUCCAUCCUCUCCCUCCUUGCCCUCGCCGCGGUCCCCUUGGCCUCGGCCGGCAACGGUAAUGGAAACGGCAAGGGAUCCGGAAAGUCCUGCUCCCACAAGGGCCUCGACUGGUACGCCAAGAAGGCCGGCCUCAAGUACUUCGGCGCGGCCACCGACUCGCCCGGCCAGCGCGAGCGUGCGGGUUAUGAGUCCGCCUACGCCAAGUACGACGAGAUCAUGUGGAAGUCAGGCGAGUUUGGCCAGACGACGCCUACCAACGGGCAGAAGUGGCUCUUCACCGAACCAGCCCAAGGCACCUUCAACUUCACCGAGGGUGACAUCGUCGCCUCCCUCGCCGCCCAAAACAAGAAGCUCCUGCGGUGCCACGCCCUGGUCUGGCACUCGCAGCUCGCGCCCUGGGUGGAAGCCAAGAAGGACUGGACCAAGGACGAGCUGCGUGCCGUCAUCGUCUCCCACGUCACCAACGUCAUGAACCACUACAAGGGCCAGUGCUACGCCUGGGACGUGGUCAACGAGGCCUUCAACGAGGACGGCACCUUCCGGGAGUCCGUCUUCUCCACCGUCUUGGGAGGCAACGAGUUCAUCGAGCUCGCCUUCGAGACCGCUUUUAGCUUGGAUCCCAAGGCCAAGCUUUAUUAUAACGAUUAUAACUUGGAGAGCCCUUCUCCUAAAACGGAGGCGGUGAGGAAGUUGGUCAGGCACUUGCAGAGCAAGAAGAUUCGCAUUGAUGGUGUUGGCUUGCAGGCACAUCUUAUUGCGGAGAACAGGCCGACGCUGGACGAACAUGUUGCUGCUAUUGAGGGGUUCACGGAAUUGGGCGUUGAGGUUGCCUUGACCGAGUUGGAUGUGAGGCUGCAGACGCCGGCGAAUGCGACGAAUUUGGCGUUGCAGAAGGAGGGGUAUAAGAAUGUCGUCGGAGCAUGCGUCCAAGUCGACGGAUGCAUCGGUGUCACCAUCUGGGAUUUCUAUGACCCCUUCAGCUGGGUCCCCUUCGUUUUCGAGGGCGAGGGCGCCGCCCUUCUCUGGUUCGAGGACUUCAGCAAGCACCCUGCCUACGACGGCGUCGUCGAGGCUUUGACCAACAAGACUCGGGGACACAACGGGAAGGGUGGUCCCCGUGGCGUUACUAAGCGUUUCAUCGCUUGA